AUGUAUUUGUAUGGGCGUAUAGAGAUCCACACACAGUCUGAGGAUAAACUUGACAAAUACAAUACAAAUGAAGGUACACACAACGAUAUAAAUGACGGUUCACCUGACAAUACAAAUGACGGUACACCCGAAAACACUAAGGGCGAUUCACUCGACGACACAAAUGACGGUUCACCCGACAACACAAAUGACGGUUCACCCGACAACACAAAUGACGCUUCACCCGACAACACAAAUGACGGUUCACCCGACAACACAAAUGACGGUUCACCUGACGAUACAAAUGACGGCUCGCCUGACAACACAAAUGACGGUGCACUCGACAACACAAAUGACGGUUCACCCGACAACACAAAUGACGGUUCACCCGACAACACAAAUGACGGUGCACUCGACAACACAAAUGACGGUUCACCCGACAACACAAAUGACGGUUCACCCUACAACACAAAUGAUGGCACACCCCACAAAUCAAAUGACGGUUCACCCGACAAUACAAAUGACGGUGCAUCCAACAAUAAUCAUGAUGGUAAACCCAACAAUGAGCAUGUUGACAUAAAUACUGAGUGGCUGAUUGAUGGUAUUCCAAAUGGUGGGUUUGGACAUCCAAAUGUUGACAGAAUAAUCCCUGAUGAAUACAGUGUCCCUACUAGAGGUUCCUUCCAAAUGCAAGAACCAAAUGGUGUCGGAGAAAUACAUGUACAUGUCACUUCAAGGGGAAUAUACGAACCGCGGCAACCAAUGGUAGAAACACUCUCCGAAGACUUAAGAUUCGAAAUCAUUGACAUGGACGAGCAUAGUUACCCUUUAGCCCAAGGAACAUCCGAUCCAAGGAAGAAGUGUGCACAAACUCAUCAUCGAUGUCAACCACAGAAACAAGGGUGUUACUAUGUUCGGUCCAGUGGAGUAAAGGUCAGGAGCAAACCAUCAUUUUGCCCAGAAGCGUGGACCUGGGGCAAUGGGAACAUUCUGAAACUCUGGAGUUUUGUGAGUCGAUAUUCCAACUCUAUGGCAGAUGAUAAUACUGUGACAGAGGUCAUGCAUCCAAAUAGUGGCGUUCACUUUAUUCGCAUUGACUUUGGCGACGACCUGGAUGAGCAGGAAAGAUGGGUUUCGAGCGGUUGUCUUGAAAAAGUCAGUCAUGAAAGCUGCACUGCCACUGAACGUUGUACUUAUAGUGACGGUAACUUCCAAGAGGGAGCUCAGCGUGGGGUUAUGUAUGGAAAACACUUACUCGACGCAUUGGAGAGUGGGAAAAUCGCAACCAAUGAUGAAACAGGGGACGGUCCAUACCGAUACUGUAUACAGCAAAUCGAUGACAAGGAUUCUAUACCAGUCUUUGAGACCAGGUUUGACGCCGAUGCUUAUAAUCGUCAUGAAUCUUGGCGCACCAUACUUCUAAACGAUUUUGGCGAUUGUGUCCUCAGCGGAGACAUAUCCAGCAUGGAUCCUUCUAGAAUCUACCCAAUCAAGUUUACGAAGGCUCUGUGGUGUGAUCUAUUGAUGCAGUCUGGCAAAACAUCUAAAUUCGUAUUUGAUGACAGUCGCAUGUGUAUCGACGACAUGACGCGCUAUUCCAUUGUGGCAUCAGAUGUAUUGUCUCGAGAGAAAUGUGAGGAGUUCUGUAUCUCAAUGUCAGCUAAGAAGACAAUAUCAAGAGAGAGAUAUGUGGCUUAUGAGUAUACACCCAAAACAGGGGAAUGUGAGAUUUAUCGGAGUUACUUAGUAGACACUGAGAAUACAGUGCAAUGUGGAGAAAGAAGACAUUAUAGACUCGAAUAUGUUUCACCCUAGAUACGGAACGGAAUGUU